CCCCUCACCCUGGACAAGGCGUGCAUGCUCAGAUUUCCCUGUAAAGCAACAUGGGCUCUUGCCUGCCACUCUGGCCGCCCGGUGUCUCCAUUGUAGCCUGUGCCUCAGUGAAGUCCUUAAGAGGGCAAGAGGUGACUUUCUUUCUAACCAUGUAGGUAGCCAGGGAAUCCCAGCUAGAGAUAGGCUUAGAUGGAUGCCAGCAGGCCCCUGAGUAGUUAUGGUUCAAAGAAUAAUGUGGAACCACAUAGGUUACAGAGUGAGUACAGAAAGGCCUCUAGAAGGCUGCAGGCAUUUGCCUUUUUCUUUUAGCUGAUGGGAUGGGGUGAGAUUAGGGGAUGGGACAAGGAAGGCGGAUGCUUUGAACUGAACAGACGAGUCUAUCUGACUUCUCACAGCUUGUUCUGUGGGAUAGUGUGGGUCCAGUUGCUUGUAGUUUUUUCCUGUCCCUGGGAAUAUCCCUGCCAGCACUGGGGCCCAGGGCCCUGCAGACUGCCCUGUGCUUCAAAACUUCUUUCCCCAACCUGGCUCAUCUCAUCAUGUCAAGACCUAGUUAUGCUUGAGCAGGCAUUGGGCUCCAGGCCUCUGGCCUCUCCAGAAGGGCACUUGGCUGUAAGGAUGAAAUCCUGUCUCUGAGCUGCACUCAGUGUGAAGUGCCACCACCUGCAUCUCCCUGUCUCAGGUUUGUAGAUACCCCCUGGCUGGGCUUCAUGGAGAAAUCUCUGAUCACCAACCUGAAUCCCAGAGUAGCCUCCAUCUUAGGACAGAAUGAGAGGCCUUCUGUAACCAGAUAUAACUGGCCAGCAUGGGGAAAUUGAUCAGGAUGAGGCCGCAAGCUAGGCGGUUACUCCGGACAAAGCGGCUUCCUUGGAGUCGCCUCCUCUUCCUACUGGGAAUGUUGAUCAUCAGUUCUACCUACCAGCACCUUAGAGGACCCCGGGGCCUUUCCUCAUUGUGGGCAGCAGUCUCUUCUCAUCAGCAUGUAAAACUGGCCAGCCGGGACCUCCCCAGUGAAGAGAUGAUGAUGGUGAGCAGCAACCCUCCAAAACCUAGCUCUGAAAUGGGGGGCAAGAUGCUGGUACCCCAAGCCUCAGUGGGCAGUGAUGAAGCAACACUGAGCAUGACAGUGGAGAAUAUUCCCGAUAUUCCUAAAAGGACAGCCAAGAUGAUCCCAACAACAAUCAAGAAUAAUUAUAGCCCAACAGCAGCAGGUACAGAAAGAAGGAAGGAAGACACCCCAACAUCCAGCAGAACACUGACUUACUACACCUCAACUUCAAGCAGACAAAUAGUAAAAAAGUAUACCCCAACACCCACAGGAGAAAUGAAGAGCUACAGCCCAACUCAAGUCAGGGAAAAGGUGAAGUAUACUCCUUCCCCACGUGGUAGAAGAGUAGGCACUUACGCUUCAUCCACAUUCAUGACAAUGGAAACAAGCCACGCGAUCACCCUCAGAACAACAGUGAAGGACAGUGACAUUACAACAACCUAUAAAAUACUGGAAACCAACUCUCCUAAGAGGAUAAUGGAGGAAACCACCCCAACCACUCUGAAGGGAAUGGUUGAUAGCACCCCAACUUUUCUGACACAUGAGGUAGAAACAAACGUCUUGACUUCUCCAAGGAGCAUCGUGGAAAAAAACAAUCUGUCUCCCCCCAGAAGAGUGGAAAGUAACAGCUCAGCCCAUCCCUGGGCGUUAGUGGGAAAGAACAACCUGAAGACUCCCCAGGGAACAGUCCUGACGCAUACCCCAGCCACCUCUGAGGGGCAGGUGACAAUAAGCACCAUGACAGGCAGCAACCCAUCAGAAACCAAAGCCUUCACUGCUGCCUGGAGUGUUAGGAAUCCCUCACCGAGGACUAGUGUGUCAGCCAUCGAAACAGCCCCAGCCACAGUCUGGAGGCUGGCAAAGAAACCUUACACAGCACCCAGCACCUCAACAACCCCCACAGUCAGGGCAAAGCCGACCACGCAGGUCCAUCACUGUGUGGUUGUGAAGCCAACCCCAGCCAUGCCCACCACUCCCUCCCCAAGCCUCACAACGGCCCUGCUCCCAGAGGAGCUCAGUCCCAGUCCCUCAGUGCUGCCUCCCAUCUUGCCAGACCUCCCCCCGAAGGGAGAGUACCCCCCAGAUCUGUUCAGUGUGGAGGAGCGGCGGCAGGGCUGGGUGGUCCUGCACAUUUUUGGCAUGAUGUAUGUGUUUGUGGCCUUGGCCAUUGUUUGCGAUGAGUACUUCGUUCCAGCCCUAGGUGUCAUCACAGACAAGCUGCAGAUCUCCGAGGAUGUAGCAGGCGCCACAUUCAUGGCUGCUGGAGGCUCUGCCCCUGAGCUCUUCACCUCCCUCAUCGGUGUCUUCAUUUCCCACAGCAACGUGGGCAUCGGUACCAUUGUGGGCUCUGCUGUGUUCAACAUUCUCUUUGUCAUUGGCACUUGUUCCCUCUUCUCCCGAGAGAUCCUCAACCUCACCUGGUGGCCCUUAUUCCGUGAUGUCUCCUUCUACAUCCUUGACCUGAUAAUGCUCAUCCUCUUCUUCCUGGACAGCCUUAUUGCCUGGUGGGAGAGCCUGCUGCUGCUGCUGGCCUAUGCCUUCUAUGUGUUCACCAUGAAGUGGAACAAGCAAAUCGAGGCCUGGGUGAAGGAGCAGCUCAGCAGGAGGCCAGCAGCUAAGGUCAUGGCCUUAGGAGACCUCAGCAAGCCGGGCGAUGGGGCCAUUGCGGUGGAUGAGCUACAGGAUAACAAGAAGCUGAAGCUCCCGUCCUUGCUGACCCGAGGGAGCAGCUCGACCUCUCUGCACAACAGCACCAUCCGCAGCACCAUCUACCAGCUUAUGCUCCACAGCCUGGACCCCCUGAGGGAAGUUUGCCUUGCCGAGGAGAAGGAGGAGGAGAGCUUGAAUCAAGAGGCCAGAGCCCAACCCCAGGCCAAAUCAGAAAGUAAACCAGAAGAUGAGGAGCCAGCCAAGCUCCCUGCGGUCACGGUCACACCAGCCCCUGCUCCAGACAUCAAGGGAGAUCAGAAGGAGAAUCCAGGCGGUCAGGAAGAUGUGGCUGAGGCUGAGAGCACAGGUGAAAUGACAGGCGAAGAGGGCGAAACUGCUGGUGAAGGUGAAACUGAAGAGAAAAGCGGAGGUGAAACUCAACCAGAAGGUGAAGGUGAAACUGGAACACAAGGAAAAGGAGAAGAACGUGAAAAAGAAAAUGAAGCAGAAGGAAAAGGAGACAAUGAAGGUGAAGGUGAGGGUGAAAUCCACGCAGAAGAUGGUGAAAUGGAAGGUAUUGAAGGUGAAACUGAAAGCCAGGAACUCAGUGCUGAAAAUCAUGGUGAAGCCAAAAGUGAUGAGAAAGGUGUAGAAGAUGGAGGGGGAAGUGAUGGAGGGGAUAACGAAGAGGAGGAAGAGGAGGAGGAGGAGGAAGAGGAGGAGGAGGAAGAGGAAGAGGAAGAAGAGGAAGAGGAGGAGGAGGGAAAUGAAGAGCCUCUGUCCCUGCACUGGCCUGAAACCAGGCAGAAGCAGGCCAUUUACCUCUUUCUCCUGCCCAUCGUGUUCCCACUGUGGCUGACGGUCCCCGACGUCCGAAGGCAGGAGUCUAGGAAGUUUUUUGUUUUCACCUUCCUGGGAUCUAUCGUGUGGAUAGCCAUGUUCUCAUACCUCAUGGUGUGGUGGGCUCACCAGGUUGGUGAAACAAUAGGCAUUUCUGAAGAGAUUAUGGGCCUGACAAUCCUCGCAGCAGGCACAUCAAUUCCUGACCUCAUCACCAGUGUGAUUGUCGCUCGAAAAGGCCUGGGAGACAUGGCUGUGUCAAGCUCUGUGGGCAGUAACAUAUUUGAUAUUACUGUGGGCUUGCCCGUUCCUUGGUUGCUUUUCUGUCUUAUUAAUGGAUUACAGCCAGUUCCAGUCAGCAGCAAUGGCUUGUUUUGUGCAAUUGUUUUGCUUUUUCUCAUGCUUCUGUUUGUGAUCUCUUCAAUUGCGUCAUGUAAAUGGAGAAUGAACAAGAUCCUGGGCUUCACAAUGUUCCUCCUUUACUUUGUGUUCCUGAUAAUCAGUGUGAUGUUAGAAGAUCGAAUCAUAUCCUGUCCUGUAUCUGUCUGAGUCAAGUCACUCUUGCUCACAAUGGACAUGGAUCAGAAGACCACGCAGAAGUUAUUGUAUCUCUUGUGACACUAAUGAAAGAAUGUAUAUGAUCCUGGAAAGUGAACUGAGUGACCUAGGACCUCUGAUGUGAAUGUGAUCUGAGACUAAGGUUUGUCCUUGGAAACAUGUGCAGCUCAUUGUGGAUUAAGAACCUCACCUCUGGAGGGGUGGAGUUUCUACCCCUGACUCAUGCAGACAUUUAUUACAUGGAGGCAAUAGAAGGACCCCUGGAGCCAGAGGGUUUUCUAAAUGAGAGAUAAUUGGGGGCAAAGGUUGGGAUAGGCGCAGCGGCUAUAAGACAAGCUCCUAUGCUCACUGUUCCCUGAUCAUUCCUGAAGGGCUGCUGGCCCAAAAGAUGCAGCUGUGGUCUACAUCUCAGCCUUCCCAACCUCUGCCCCAAACACAUGCUGCAAUUUUGUUGCCUCCUUUUCUGUUCAAAAUGUGAGGUUCUAUCAGGUUUGUAAUCACUGUAGGUUCAGUUAUCAGUGAGUUUAAGGAUCCAAGGCUACAGAAAAAAAAGAAGUAUAACAGGAAUCAAUGAUCAUCCCACGUUUUGUAGCCCACUGCAUCUGGAUAUAUACCAGUAUUUUCUUGCUUUUUUUUUGAGACACAGUUUCGCUCUUGUUGCCCAGGCUGGAGUGCAAUGGUGUGAUCUCGGCUCACCGCAACCUUCACCUCCCGGGUUCAAGCGAUUCUCCUGCCUCAGCCUGACUUCGUGAUCUUCUUGCCUCGGCCUCCCAAAGUGCUGGGAUUACAGGCGUGAGCCACCGCGCCUGGCCUAUACCAGUAUUUUCUAGCUUAAAAGGAGGACUACCUUUAACUCUUAUUGUUGCAUUUCUGAAAAGUGAAAUUUAAAAAGCAGCCUGAAAAAUAAAAAUUUGUAAUUUACCCUUGAACUGGAAGGAGUGGAGAUUAGGGAAGUAAAACUACUCUAGAGGCCAUUUAAAAGUAUGUAUUUAUUAGAACAUCCAAAUUCAUGUAGUCUCCAUCAGUGGUCACCUUGAGGGAUUAGACAUUCUAAUGCAAUGUCCUGGCUCCACCCUUGGCCAGCUGUCCUGGUUUCACCCUCCAGCAUGUUCUCACCCAACAAUGACAGCUGAGUGGAGUGGGAAGGGAAGUCAUUCUAAAGAGUCCAAAGUCAGUAGUGCCACAUCUGGUUUAUAAAGUAAGAGAUCCAGUGGGGCAAUACUAUUUUUGUAUGUCAACCUAGAUAGGAUUAUAAAGCAAGACUGAUUUCUUCUGUGGUUUAUGAAUGGACCUUAAGGUAGUUACAAACAGGAAAUUCCAAGAAAGCAUAACACAAUGACAACAUGGUGAAAAAAGUGCAGUACUACUUCCAAGGUAGCUAGUGUAAAGGACACUUGAGUUUUUAAAAAUGUGGUUAAAUAUUUUAUGUGGAAUUUAAUGAGUUUGUAUGUUAAAUAUCACUGCUUGCUGCUUUUACUAGAACCAAGUUAAGGGACACAUUAGAAACAGAACAGUUUAAUAUCACUGACUUCAGAGCAAAAUGAGCUCGGGUGACUGCAUAUUAUGAUGGUAAAUAUGGCUUUAAUUACAAACAUGAGGAAUGAUUCACUGAAGAUGAGAAGAUGAAAAGGAUGGAUGUGAUGUGAAAAACCCAAACAUUUUGGCACUGAACGAUGGCUAAGGUGUUCCAAAUAUUCCAUCUUUUAAGAUGAACUGCUUAAUUAAUUGCCUCGCUACCCCAGGAUUCCCAUUCUUUGGAAAUAAUUUUUAUUAAAUUUCAAUAAACUGUGAAUCCCAAUGGUAUUUUACUUUA